ACGCAUCCGCGAAAUCCAAGAGCAGCAGCAGCAGCAGACCAAGAUCGAGGGAGGGAGGAAGACAGACAGACAGACAGAGAGAUGGAGCGGAUGAGCUCGUCGGUGCAGUCCUGGGUGGAGGAACACAAGCUCUCGUCCAUCGGAGCCGUGUGGGCGACGGCGGUGGGCGCGUCCGUGGCGUACAGCCGGCGGAGGGCGCCGGCGCGGGCCACGAGCCUGCGCCUCAUCCACGCCAGGAUGCACGCCCAGGCGCUCACGCUCGCCGUGCUCGGGGGAGCCGCGCUCGCGCACCGCUAUUACGGCAGCAGCGAGAGGAGGCAGAGGCAGGAGGACCUGGACUACGGCUUCAAAUCCCAGCUGCCGCCGGCCACCGACGCCGAGGGCAACGAGAACGAGCGCUGGAGCUGGUAGUGGCAGGGCAGACUAGCAGUGAGUGACCAGUGAGCCUUCAGAUGCAUACAUCAGAUCAGAGAGAAGGAAGGAAGAGGGACAAUAAAUAGAUUAAUUAGUACUAGUAGCAAUAAUAAUAAUUGCAUGCCUGUUUGCCAAUCAAUGAUACAUGACGUGGCGCCUGAUCCUGUUCGUCACGGCCCAUAAACCCAGGAAGCAGCUAGCCCAUGUAUGUGUGGCCUGUUAUGCGUUACCGUACUUCGUUUUCACUCGUUAAUAGUACUCUAGAUUUCAAAAAAAAAA